CCUUUUCAGAAGAAAGUGCAAUCAUCAAUCAACAUGGCGCCUGUCGGUGGUUCUGGUCGUGACUUCGAGGCAGCCGCUGAGGCCCGUCGCAGGGCCUUUCAAGUCUCGUCUGGCCCUGGCGCUUUGCUGAAGAACUUGAAAGUCUUUGGCAUUGCCUGCUUUGCUUGCUUGGGUGGAUUGUUGUAUGGAUACAACCAGGGUGUUUUCUCUGGUGUGCUAGUCAUGCCGGCCUUCAAAAAGCACAUGGGUAACUACAUCGAAGACUUUGAGACACUCGAAUACAAUUCUUCCAAACAGGGUUGGCUUGUCGCAAUCCUCGAACUUGGUGCCUGGCUCGGAACCAUGUACUCUGGAUUCUUGGCUGAGAUUCUUUCUCGAAAGUAUGCGGUCCUGGUUAACGUUGCUAUCUUCAUUAUCGGUGUUGUCGUCCAAACCACUUCGAUCCAAGCUGGUCAUAAUGCCAUUCUCGGCGGCCGUUUCAUCACUGGUAUGGGUGUUGGUUCGCUCUCCAUGAUUGUGCCCAUGUACAACGCCGAAAUUGCUCCACCAGAAGUCCGGGGUGCAUUGGUUGGUUUGCAGCAACUAUCCAUCACACUUGGUAUCAUGAUUAGUUUCUGGAUUGACUACGGUACUAACUUUAUCGGUGGUACUGGUCGUAGCCAAAAGGAUGCAGCAUGGCUUCUUCCCCUCGCUCUUCAGCUGGCCCCGGCCGUCCUCCUCGGCGUCGGAAUGUUAUUCAUGCCCUUCUCUCCUCGAUGGCUAGUACACCACAAUCGCGAGGCGGAAGCACGCAAGGUCCUUGCCAAUCUCCGUAGCCUUUCUGAGGACCACGACCUCAUCGAGCUUGAGUAUGCUGAGAUCAAAGCCCAAUCCCUUUUCGAGAAGAAGUCGCUUGCAGAGAAUUUCCCACAUCUCCAGGAUCUGUCUGUCAUGAGCACGUUGAAACUUCAGUUUGUUGCUAUUGGCAGUCUGUUCAAAACAAAGGCCAUGUUCAAGCGCGUCAUCGUGGCCACACUUACUAUGUUCUUCCAGCAAUGGACAGGUAUCAACGCCGUGUUGUACUAUGCUCCCACUAUCUUCAAGGGCUUGGGAUUGAGUGACAAUUCUGUUUCGCUCCUCGCUACCGGUGUCGUUGGUAUUGUCAUGUUCAUCGCUACCAUCCCUGCUGUGAUGUAUGUGGACAGCUGGGGUCGCAAACCUACACUGGUCGUUGGUGCUAUUGGCAUGGCCAUCUCCCAUUUCGUCAUCGCUGCUAUUGUCGGAAGUUUCCAGGACAACUGGCCCGCUCAUGAAGCUGCCGGAUGGGCAGCCGUCGUCAUGGUCUGGCUCUUCGUCAUUCAUUUUGGAUACUCGUGGGGUCCAUGCGCCUGGAUCCUCAUCGCUGAGGUCUGGCCGCUUUCCAACCGUCCUUAUGGAAUUGCUCUCGGUGCUUCCUCUAACUGGAUGAACAACUUUAUUGUUGGUCAGGUCACACCCGAUAUGCUUGAAAACUUGACGUACGGCACCUACAUCUUCUUCGGGCUGUUGACCACCAUGGGUGCAGUCUUUAUUUGGUUCUUUGUGCCCGAGACCAAGGGUCUCUCGCUCGAGGAGAUGGAUAUCUUGUUUGGCAGUGUCGGCAUCGCCGCCCGCGAGCAGGAGAGGUGGACCGAAGUGCACAACGAAGUUGGCUUGACGGAGUUGCUGGUGCGUUUGGGAGUUACCGAUGCUCCGCCCAGCUACCCAGUCGACGAAAAGCCUGCCGUCCCCCUGGAGAAGCAGGUUACUGCCGAGAAGCCAGUCGCUGCGGAGCACAAAGAUGAUGUUGUCGUCACCUGA